AGGAUCGCGGCUGCGGGUUAGGCUUUGAAAGUCAGCCUCGCAGGCAUUGCAGCAGAGCCCCGAACCGCGGAGGGGAGCGGCGCAGAGCUCAGCUCGCUGUAUGAAGCAUGGAAUUGCUGAGGGAGAAAAUUAGUGCAUCCUUGGACUCCUGAAGGAAGAGCCUUCCUUAUGGGACCACUUUCAAGCAAGCCUGCCUCCUCCAGCCUCCCUGCUGACAAAUGGUGGUGGAUUAUAGAUGAGGACACGCUGACCCGUUCGACCUUGCUGAGACAGCGGGGAGGGGCCUCCUGCUACUUGAGGGAAGCUUUGGGUCAUUUAAAGGACAAGGUCAUGAGCCAGGUGGGGAAAUGACAUGAUAUCACAUGACAAUAGCCCGAUGACACGGGUGGAGCGAAAAGCAGAUUGAUAGAGCUCCAGCACUGACGCUUUCAAGGUAUUCUAUUGCUUGAUGGAGAUGGAAAAAGAUGGAAAUCAAACUAGCUUCCUGGAGAAAGCUGAAGAAAGCAAAUACAUGAUGGAACUUUCCUACCUUAGAAGUGUGUUUUGAGCGUUCUUCCUAGACAUCCUUCGUAAAUAUCGUAAAUAUUCUAUAUAUCAACACAGGGACAUGAUUGAAAAUCUGGUUUAUCAAACAAGAUACACUGGAAGAAACCUGCCUGGAAUGUGACUGUGUUGUUUCUGAAAGUUUGUGAGAAAACGCUGUAGACAUCUAUCUAUUAUUUAUUAACUCUGCAUCUCAAUUCAGCUGCAGCAAACUACUCUUUGAAGUGAAUAGAAACAGAGCCCUUUUGGAUACUUUUAUUGAACAUGACUCAUGGAGAAGAGCUUGGCUCUGAGAUGCACCAGGAUUCUGUUGUUCUAACUUACCUAGAGGGAUUACUAAUGCAUCAAGCAGCAGGAGGCUCAGGUACUACAGUUGACAAAAAGUCUACUGGGCAUAGUGGAGAGGAUCAAAACUUCAAGAUUUCUGGAAAUAUAUUUCCCAGCUGUCAAAGUAAUGGUCCAGUUCUUAACACAAGUACAUAUCAGGGAUCUGGCAUGUUGCACCUCAAAAAAGCAAGGCUGUUGCAGUCUUCUGAAGAUUGGAAUGCAGCAAAGAGAAGGCGGUUGUCUGAUUCCGUUGUGGAUUUAGAUGGAAAAAAGGAAGCUUUGUUAGCUGGCAUGGUUGAAAAUGUGCCUAAAGGCAAACAGGAUAGCACAUUACUUGCCUCUUUGCUUCAGUCAUUCAGCUCUAGGCUUCAGAGUGUUGCUCUGUCACAGCAGAUUAGACAGAGCCUUAAGGAGCAAGGCUAUUCCCUUAGCCAUGAUUCUUUACAGGUGGAGAAGGAUUUACGGUGCUAUGGUGUUGCAUCCAGUCACCUGAAGACUCUACUGAAGAAGAGCAAAGCAAAGGAUCAGAAGUUGGACAACAGCCUGCCUGAUAUAACAAAGAACCUGCCCAAAGAGAGGUUUAUAGAAUCUCCUCAUGCAGUGCAGAGUGGACCUAAAGUAAUAAAUGAACCACUGUCAUGUGCUGCAAGAUUACAAGCUGUGGCAAGCAUGGUAGAGAAGCGAUCUAGUCCUGCUGCUUCACCGAAGCCCAGCGUAGCAUGCAGCCAACUAGCUUUACUCCUUUCAAGUGAAGCUCACUUGCAGCAGUACUCCAGGGAACAUGCUUUAAAAGCACAAAAUGCAAAUCAAAUAGCAAGUGAGAGACUUGCAGCUAUGGCCAGAUUACAAGAAAGUGCUCAAAAAGAUAUUGGCCAGUUCAGUUUAGCAAAAGGAAUGACAAGCCAUCUCAAUGGUCAAGCCGGAUCAUCAACCAAAAUGGUAUCUAGCAAAAGCAAUAUGGCAACAUUUCAGAGUUCAGUGGGAGUCACACAUUCACCACCCAAAAAUGUGGGAUUCAAAAAUAACUUGGAAAGGAAUAAUGUAAAAACAUCUCCCAGCAACAGUUUGCUCUUACAUCUCCUGAAAAGCCAGAAUACCACCAAACAGUUAAAAGGGCACGAACAGAGUGAGAGAGCCAGCAUUUUUGAAGAGAGCAGCACACCAACAACUAUUGAUGAGUAUUCAGACAACAAUCCUAGUUUUACAGAUGACAGCAGUGAUGACGAUAGCUCCCAUUCUAACUGUCUUCCUAUAGACUUAUCUUUUAAACAGAGGACAGACAAACCAGACGCAGGUCCACCUGCAUCACUGGACAACCUGACUCAGUCCUUGCUUCAUAGCUGGGAUCCGAAAGUUUCGUGUCCGGAGAACAAGGAAGACAAAGACACUCCGAAGGCUUCUAAGCUGAACCCCCAUCAGAAAGUAACGCUACUUCAGCUGUUACUUGGGCAUAAGAGCGAAGAAAAAGUAGACAAAAGUAAUGAGCCUCAGGGACCACACAGUGCUGCUGAUGUGGCAAAAUUCACUGUACAGACUGGUAAAAGGACUCCUGUUACUGACAGUCCCAAUGCAAAUCGAAUGACUCCACUAAACACUCCGCCUUUGCUUGCUUCUACAAAAGCAGACUCUCCUAUAAAUCUCUCUCACCAAUCGUUAGCCAUCAAACGUAGCUCACCACCGUAUGCCUGCAGCAUCCAGCCAGACAGGCUGGUGAAUCCUGCAUCUAAACAUUUGAUAGAUCUUUCAAAAAGCAAAGAAAUUCAAGGAGCUAAGCUGAGCAGAAAUGACAGUCCACAAAACUCUUCGGCUUUCAGUGCCAGCAAACUGUUGCAGAAUCUUGCUCAGUGUGGUAUGCAGACUUCCAUGUCAAGUGAAGAACAAAGAUCUGGCAAACAUCUGCUAGUGGGGAACACAGAUAAACCUGUAGGCUUGAUUGAUAGAUUGAACAGCCCUCUGCUUACAAACAAAUUAAGUACACACGAAGAAAAUAACAAAAUAUUAAGUUGUCAGCCUGUACCCACUGAACAAGGACUUCCAGGCUCGGAAAUAGAAAAUCUCCUUGAAAGGCGUACUGUCCUUCAGCUGCUUCUGGGAACUCCCAAUAAAGGUAAAAAUGAAAAGAAAGAGAGGGUGCUUUUAAGAGAUGAAAGUUCUCAGGAACAGAGAGAUAAGGCUUUGAAUGAGCAAAUAUUGACAGUGAAAAUAAAAACUGAACCAUCUGAAGAAUCAAAUGUCCCUUAUAAUUCAAAUGCACAACAAAUAAGAGAGUGCAGGGGUAACAAAUUUCAAGGAUUUGUUCAUUCGCAACAGAGAAACACAGCUGCUUCUCCAGCAUCUGAGGAGAUGAAGUCUGAGCCUCUUUCACCUCAAGAUUUUUCUUUUUCCAAAAAUGGCUUGCUAAGUAGAUUGCUGACACAGAAUCAAGAUAGUUACCCUGCAGAUGAGCUGGACAGAAGUCACCAAAACAGUGACCUGACACACCUGGAAUCAAAGAAUCUUUGCACAGUACCGAAGAAAAGGAAACUUCACGCUGAGCCUUUGGAAAGUCCGUUAAAAAAGAUGAAAACUAAUGUGUCUCAUGCUGCAAACAAUCAUGUUUCUCCUACAGAGGCACUGUAUGGGCCUUUGCUAAACCAGCAAGAACUGAAAUUCGGCAGAAGUGAUUCAGAAUUUAAAUAUGCUGUAAGUCAUGGUUCAAAUAAUGAAAGUGAUAAUAGGAGUUGGUCUAGAGAUAGUAAAGGCUUUAAUGUGUUGAAACAGCUGCUUCUCUCAGAAAACUGUGAGAGAGACCUGUCACAACAUAGGAAUAACUUACUAACUGAGGGCAAGAAAAAAGGAAACAAAAGCAAUGCAACAAUUAAUAAACCCGAAUUCAGCAUUUCUUCAGUAAAUGCGUUAAUGGGAAGUCCUGUGCAACAGAGCAAUUGUGUAGAUCACAGAACAUUUCAGUAUCCGGUAAAAAGUCCUGCCAGUUCCCCCUUCCCUGAACAUUUGGGGAGACUUGAACCUGACCAGUUCAGUGUGUGUCCCAUGCCCAGUGAGAAAGGUCCCAUUAGAUGGGUGAUCACAGGUAUGGACAAGAAUGAUUAUGAAAAAGACUCUCCGAGACUGACCAAAACCAAUCCGAUCUUGUACUACAUGUUACAGAAAGGCGGCAACUCUAUUAGCCAAGAAGCACAUGACAAAGAAAUUUGGAACGAACCAUCAUUUACUGAUAGUUCGACUCGUGUUACAAUCAAAGAGGAGAUGGCAUCUGAUGGAGAGCUUAAAACUCCUUUUAGUAACUUGAGAAGCUCUUACAGCAACCACAUGGGAAGUAAGACCUCUCAUCAACAUGGUGUGAAUGGAGAAGUGCAUGGACUUCUGGAAAAAGUGCUAACAAUCAAAAAAGAGCCAGAAUAAACUAGAGCCUCAUCAAGGAGUUUACAAUCUGUGGUUUUGAGUCUUUGUUUAAAAAAAAAAAAAAAAAAAGAAAGGAGAAAAAAAAAAGAACAUUAAAAAAAAAGAGUAUGAACUUGACUACUGUACAAAUUGAGCAUGAUUUUAGAAAAGCAUGGUCUAACUGAAACACGUUUUCAUUUGAUAAACUUUUUAUUUUUAUGGUGAUGUUAUUUAAAAUACAUGUAGAUAAAAUUUGCUUUACUAUAGAUUGUCACGAGGAAAUUAGAAAGGUUGUAAUUUGUACAAGACAUUUCUGUAUGCAUCAAAUUCAGUUAUGAGUACUCUUUGAUCAGAGUCUUACUUGGAUUUGCAAGUCUUUGGUAUAACAUAAAGUGUAAGAGUACAGCCUAGGUGGUGGUAAUGCUGCGUUUCCUCCCUUUCCUGUAAAAUAAUCCUUAUUUUUUUGGAAGCCUGAGCAUAGAGACAGUGUACUUUUCUUGGAAUGUUUAAUAUGCUUUGUGAAAUUUUAUGAAUAACUUUAAAAGAAAUGGAGCAGUCCGUCCAAGGUAUUAAUUCAUCGCGUUGGAAAAACCCAUGUCAGUGUUAAUAAUUGAAUUGCACUGAAAUGUAAUUUUUAGUGCUUCCAAAGUUUGUAUUGUUAUUUUUAAAUCUUGUUUAUGGUCCUGACAGAAUAGUGGUGUAAAAUCUGUUUUUCUUCCUCGCCCUGCUUUUGACAAAGGCCUUCCUCAGAAUCCUUAGCCAUUGUUAUGAGUUACUAGCUACAAUUAAGGGUUUGUUCUAGGUUUUUGUGUAAAAAGCAAAUUUUCGUAUAUCGUGCAAGUAUCAGAUCAGUCUUCUGUCGGUACAUUCCUGUCACUUCCCUCCUUGAAAAGGGAAAGUCAAGAUGCCUCUUGGAGUACUGUGUUUCAUCAAGCAUAGCACAUAGAUUUGGUGAGGAAAAUGGUGGAUAGUUUGUGAGCCAGAUAGUCAGAUUGUUGCUUCCUGCACAAGAGAAUGCCAGCUGUGCUCAAGCAGCACAUCAGACUUCCACUCGAGUACAGAAUAGAAUUUUUCAUUAAAAACGUGUUGGCCUCUUCCUAUGACUAGGGGAGAGAAUCCAUAUUCUGCCAAUAUUUAUUACUCUCUGAACUGCUGAUGCAUGGUUCAAUGCACUGCCUUUUCUCUGCAGAAAAUCUGGUUUCAGAAUAAUUUUUCAGGUUGCACUGAGGAUAAAAUUGUGGUUUUGUCAUGUUUUGUAAUGGAUAGUGGGAUAUGUCUCAGAAAUCCUCCUCUGCCCUUUUCCUCAAUCCCCACGUGUGCUGUGAUUUGUAACAUCUGGCAAUACCAGUCUGAGAUGGGAGUAACUGAAAAUUGUGGUCAAAGCUGAGACACCUUAGAAGAAUUGCUGACUGGGGAAGUGCCAAGCAGCACUAUUAACGCUAUCAGUGUUAACUCCAUUUGGAGCCCUUACUACUCAUGGGAGAGGAAGAGGACAAAAUCUGGCUCCUCUAAAUUAUGCACAUUAAUAGUUUGGCUGAACUUUUUACUCCCCUGAAAAAAAUGUUCUCUGUAGCUUUCAAUAUCAUUUCUAAUUCCCUGUGUUAUCAGAAAACAGCUUAGCAGUUGGUUUGCACAGAUAAUGAAAGCCACACUUGUGUUUUAAUAUUGACCAUUUUCACCAAGGAGAGCUGAUGACAUGACAAAACUGCUGUUUCUUCUUUUCAGCUCAUGUUUGCAGAGAUGAGUGAUAGGACGUUUUGCUCUUUUCCUUUCUGCUUUUGUUGCAGAGACCCUUUCCCAAGCCUUCUGGCUUACUUAGGCAGAGAGAGCAAGCAGUUGUCCCCUUCUCCUCUGCCCACUGCCUGGGGUCCCUUCUUUGUAUUGCAGUCUCUGCUAAAAGGGACUUCUGUCUGCCAGCUGGAAAAUGCACCACAAUUCUGUGAGGCCUCCUGUGGGUACCUUCUCUUAGGGAACACAAAUGUUUGGCAGUAUCCAGUAUAAAACAUUCCCCCUGGUUUAUAUGAGAAGUAACAGAGCAACUUAAAGAUAUAUUUUUAUGUUAUUUGGGUGAAGCGUAAUAUAUUAAUGGGCUGUAGAAAGAAGAUUUAUAUUUUAAAACCUUCACGCAAAUCUAAUAUCAUUCUAAAUGUCAUUGUCUGAAGUAUAAUAUAGAAAUAAAUUUUGUCUUUAAUAUUUGCAUUUAUAAGUGGCCCGAUGACUAUUCAAAUGUCUCCUAGAGUAAUCAUUAACGAGAUAAAAGUAUAUUUUGCAUUGACAGUAGAAAUGAAUUCUUUUUGUAUGAGUCAACCCAACAGAAAUAUUUUGAAAAAGAUGGUGUUUGUUCCAGCCGUUAAAUGUCUCUUAAAGUCUUAAUUGAUUAUUUUUCUUGAAACAACAUGUAAAUAGCUAGGAAAUAUAUACAAUAGAGAAUAAUAGAUGAUCCCCAGAGUAAAUACAGGGCUAUAAUUUACUUGAAGGGCUCCUCAGAAAAAUGCGGCUUCAGUGGACGUGAAUGGAUGAAUGUGUUCUGUAAAACGAAGUUCUGAUGAAAAGUAGAAGAAAAAGCCUAACUAACCAUAAUGAAAAGUAACGUUGGAGUCUAGGAGCGUGCUUACCUAUGUAUUUAUUCUAUGGUAGUCUAUUGUUGUAAUAUAUACUUUUGGACAUUUAGUUUUUAAAGUUUUAUAAAACAUUUAAGUUAAAAUGUUAAGUUUGACCAGUUAAUGAUUUAGCUUUCUUUUAAAUGGAGUUAAUGGAAGGGUACUGCAAUUCUCACAGAUGUCAGUAAAUUAUAAAACACAGGAAUUUAAUUUCAGGUCACGAAGUUCGUAAAAGAAUCUUGCCUGUUGUGGACAUUACAAUCUGAAAGCAGUGUACAGCAUAAAGAUGAGGCCCUUGAGAGGAAAGGGCCUGCUAACUUAAUGCUGCUCUCCAUUUAGCUGCUAAGAGGGCAACAGUCUUUUAUGUUCAAUUCUCCAGUGCCACUGAUGUUACUGCUCCCUAGGGAAGAGAGUUCUUUUUCAAAAUCUGCCCCAUCCACACUUACAGCCUUUCAACCUGAGGACUGAAGACUUUUCCAUCAUUUUUUAUCUUACAGCAUGGGAUGGGUGAGUUAAAAGGCGUCCUCAUUGUCGUGCUUGGGGAGUUUUCCCUCUCAGUUGUUCCACCAAAAAAGGGAGAUAUGGGAGUUGGCUUUGCUGCACCAGCAGAACGAUCAGUCAGGUUUGACCAUUUUUCCAGGCAACUCAAAAGAUCCUUGAUUUCCCCCAGUCCCUGUGGGAUGAGUGAGAAACCAAGGACAUCCGCUGCGUAAUGCUCGGUGACCUCAGCAACACCAAUCUCCUUGGUUCAGUAGAUAUUUACUGCUAGGAUACGCGUUUCAGCUGUCCCCAAAAUGCUCCCUCAGCCUGGGAGAGUGGAGCCUUCAAAGAUAGGUGUGUGCUAGCUCAGGAGGGUGAUAUUUCAGCUAGGUCUUCAGACUGUGGGUUUGAAGAGGAUCAGGACUGUGUCAGAGACAGGCAGCAGCAGCUGUGUAGGUGCAGGACUGUUAGGUGCAGCCACGUAAGCUCACCAUCGGGUAAGGGAGGAGAUGACACUGCAUCUGGAAAUGGAUGAGACUGCUGGGGUAAAGCUGCCUCCACCUCAUGGAGCAGUGACGAAGCGAGUUAGGAAUGUGCACGCUACUUAAAGUUGUAGCUGCAUCCCCUUGGGACUUGUACCAGAGUCAACUUUAACAUUCUGUAACUCAGAACAGCUGCAGCGGCAGCAGCUGGGUUGCCAAGUGCCCCGUGCCUUGCUCGAGGUUGGACCUACAGGCCGCUUCAUCCGCUGUGUUAGUGUAGCACUCAGGCUGGGCAGAUUUGGGGUUUGACUUGUGAUUGCCAUGCAGUUAUGCCUUUUGUUUCCAGAGGGAAGUGCAAGGGACCGAGAGAACCAGAUUUCCAACAUCUCCGCUGCCAAACGUGAGGAAAUGACAGGAAGGUGACACACGAUCACAGAAUCAGAGCUGUGUUGCUAGAGGGCUUCUGCACUGAUACCACUUAACCUGUCAGCGCAGUUUGAGAAGUUCAUAACCAUUGUAAGAUCAAAAGGGAAUUCAGCCAUAACUUUCACUUUUCUUAGCCAUUUGCUCUUAGUAAUGUUUUUAAAUUUUUAAUUUACGAAUCUUUUUAAAGGAAAGAAAUGAGUGGUUUAAAUUUACCCUGUUAAAUGUUGGUGAAAGUAUUACAGCUCUCAUUGACGUCAGUGACAUGAUAUUACCAGUUUGUUCUCUGCCACAUCUUACAGAGGAGUAAGCUGGUAAGUAUAUAUUAUAUAUAUUUAUAUAUAAUGUAAAUAGAUUGACUUGUUACACCUAUAAUAUGUUGAAAUUGGUUUUUAAAAGGUGAUGUAAAUAGUGGUUUCCUUAAUGAAAAAUACAUAUUUUGUAUUGUUCUAAUGCAAAGGAAAAAGAAAAAAACAAAACCUUUUAAUCUUUUUUGUUAUGUAUAUUCCAUGUAUAAGUGUAAAUAUGAUCACAUAGGUUUAAAAACUUUUGCAUGUAUGUAUACAGUUGCAAGUCUGGAAGAAUGUAUAGAAAAAUACUUUUAUUUAAAGUUGUGAUUACCUGCUGCAUGAAAAGUGCAUGGGGGACCCUGUGCAUCUGUGCGUUGGCAAAAAUGUCUUAACAAGUCAGGUCAGUUCAAAACACAACAGUAUUCCACUUCUGGACAUGACUUCUGCUGUGGUAUUUUAGCUUUGUGAAAGAAUGUGCUUCAAAUCAAAAGGGUCUGGGGAAAAAAAAAAAAUAAACGCAAACCUACUUUUAAAACAUGAAGUACUCAUACAACUGUAAUCAGUCAUGUAAGUUCAGGAUUCCAUUCUGAGUAACUGAGGUAUUGUACCGGGACUAUUCCGUUGCUGUAAAACAAAGGAAUAUUGAUUUUCAUUGUCAUACAUAAGAAUUUGGGAUUUUACCACAACCAAUUUUAUUGUGAUGUGUUUUCAGUAAUUUAUCUAACUGGUCUCAUUUUUUUAUUAGAAAUUAAUUUCCUCAUGUGAUGUCACAAAACUGUACAUACUGCAGUGUGAAGUUUUUUUAAAUCUUUCAGUGUUUACUUCCUGCAGAAGAUUUGAAUAAAUGAGAAAAAUGCAUUG